AUGUCUUUUUUAUUCAUAUUCUUUACUUGCAGGCCAGUCACAUUUUCCCGGACAUCUUUGCCACUGUGGAUGAUUGUCCUCAUUGUGUUUGGAGUGGUGGCAAUCCUAGGAACCACUAUUGGUCUUCUAGUUCAUUUUCUGGCAGUAGAAAACAAGACCUACUAUUACCAAGGUAGCUUUAAAGUGCUGAAUAUCCCAAAUAAUAGAAAUUAUGGAAAGGAGACAUCACCAGAAAAUAACUAUCUUAGCAAAAUUCUUGAGACGAAGAUGUCUGAUGCAUUUCAGAGUUCUAGCAUUUACAGACAAUACAUCAAUUCUCAAGUCAUCACACUGGUUCCUGCUGACGACAGUGUGACAGCACAUAUAUGGCUGGUAUUCAAGUCGCCCAAAUCAGUGAAGGAAAACACAAGAAGAGCAAUUGAAAGCAUCUUACGUCAAAUGCUGAGGAACCACUCAGGAUCCUUGACUACAGAUCCUGAUUCGCUUACACUUGAGGAAAUCAGUAAGGUCAAAGCUGAAAAGAUAAUCAACAACCGCUGUGGGAGACGACCAAGGAUGUCAGCUACCUAUGAUAGAAUCAAGGGUGGAUCCACUGCUCAGGAAGGAGAGUGGCCCUGGCAAGCAAGUCUCAAAAAGAACGGCAAGCACUACUGUGGGGCCUCUUUGAUCAGUGACAGAUAUCUGGUGACUGCAGCUCACUGCUUUAAAAAUUCACGAGAUCCAAGGAACUAUACUGUCACCUUUGGCACCAGAGUAAAUGUCCCCUAUAUGCAACACUAUGUUCAGCAAAUUUUUAUUCAUGAAAACUACAUCAGGAGUGAACUUCAUGAUGAUAUUGCAGUUAUAUUGCUUACUGAAAAAGUUUUAUAUAAGAACGAUGUCCAUUCAGUUUGUCUUCCUGAAACCACACAGAUUUUUCCACCAGGUGAAGGAGUUGUUGUCACAGGAUGGGGAGCACUCUCACAUGAUGGUGCAUACCCAGUAUUACUUCAGAAAGCACCUGUGAAGAUUAUUGAUACAAACACUUGUAAUGCUCGGGAAGGAUAUAAUGGGAUGGUACAAGACACAAUGCUAUGUGCUGGGUACAUAGAAGGAAAUAUUGAUGCAUGCCAGGGUGACUCUGGAGGACCAUUAGUUCAUCCCAACUCUCGAAAUAUUUGGUACCUUGUUGGAAUAGUGAGCUGGGGAGCAGAAUGUGGUACAAUCAAUAAACCAGGAGUCUAUACACGAGUGACUGCCUACCGCAACUGGAUUGCCUCAAAGACUGGUAUCUAA